UUCCUUCCUUUCUCUUUCUCCUCCUCUUCUUCUUCCUCCUCUCCCUCUUCUCUUCCUUCUCCUUUCUCCUCUUUCUCCUCUUCAUCCUCCUCCUGCUCCUCUGUUACUCACUUGGCCCCUGGACUGUGGAGCAGGAACUCCCAGGGCUCCUCCAGAAACUGAGGCAACAGCUCCCCCUCAUGAUGGUGAUGGCUUAAUUUGGGACAAAGAAGGAGCAUUUGCCCCUUUCCUCUUCUUCCUCCUGCUCCGCAACUGGCAUUGAGGGGCACAGGGUUGCCACUUUGUGUCUGCCACCCUGCGAAGAGAGAGCCCUUCUUUCUCCUCGGGUGGCAUCUGAGGGGACUGAGGAGGUGGUGUCCUCAUGCUCAGCUUCUUUGGCUCUGAAGGAAGGCUGGCCUCCUGGAGGGGCGAAGGGAGGGUGCCCUUCAAUGGCCUCUGGAGCCCCAGCAUGUGAUGUGCAAUAGUUGGCUGCCAGGCAUCUGCUGGCCUCCCGCUGCCCAGUAUGAAGGUUUUCCGCCGGAAGGCGCUGGUGCUCUGCUUGGGCUACGGACUCCUCCUCCUCCUCACCAUGCUCAACCUGUUGGACUACAAGUGGCACAAAGGGCCCCAGCAGUGCAGUGAGCCCUUGCCUGUCCGCCGCACUCCUUACCCACAGCACCAGCUGCCUUAUUAUGCCUAUCAGUCUCGGUCGGACACUCGGGCCCUCUAUGGUCCCCCGGUGCCCCUCGCCCGCAAGCGACAGCUGGUCUACGUUUUCACCACCUGGCGUUCGGGGUCGUCCUUUUUCGGGGAACUUUUCAACCAGAACCCCGAGGUCUUCUUCCUCUACGAGCCGGUGUGGCAUGUGUGGCAGAAACUGUACCCGGGUGAUGCUGUUUCCUUGCAAGGGGCCGCCCGGGACAUGUUGAGUUCCCUCUACCGCUGCGACCUUUCUGUCUUCCAGCUCUACAGCACGGCGGGGGCUGGGAAGAACCUCACCACCUUGGGCGUCUUUGGGGCAGCCACCAACAAGGUGAUCUGCUCCUCGCCACUUUGCUCGGCCUACCGCAAGGAAGUUGUGGGCAUGGUGGAUGACAAGGUGUGUAAGAAGUGCCCGCCGCAGCAGCUCGGCCUCCUCCAAGAGGAAUGCCUCAAGUACCACACCUUAGUCAUCAAGGGAGUGAGGGUCUUUGACAUUGGAGUCCUGGCCUCACUCAUGCAAGACCCCUCUUUGGCUCUCAAAGUCAUUCACCUGGUCCGGGACCCUCGGGCAGUGGCAAGCUCCAGGAUCAAGUCCCGCCACGGGCUUAUUCGUGAAAGCCUGCAGGUGGUAAGGAGCAGGGACCCCCGUAUCCAUCGCAUGCCCUUCCUUGACGCAGGUCACAAGCUCAACAGCAAAAAAGAAGGGGGAGGGGGCUCAGACUACCAUGCCUUGGGGGCCAUGGAGGUGAUCUGCGGGAGCAUGGCAAAGACCUUGCAGACUGCCCUGCGCCCUCCAGACUGGCUGAAGGGUAAUUAUAUGGCUGUCCGCUAUGAGGAUUUGGUAGUGGACCCCAUCAAGACUUUGCGGCAGGUCUAUGGCUUUGUCAACCUGGUGGUGAGUCCAGAGAUGGAGAAGUUUGCCCUCAACAUGACCAGUGGGUCUGGGUACUCCUCCAAACCCUUUGUGGUCUCUGCUAGAAAUGCUAGCCAGGCUGUGAAUGCCUGGAGGACAGCACUGAGCUUUCAGCAGAUUAAGCAAGUGGAGGAGUAUUGCCACCAGCCCAUGUCCAUUUUAGGCUAUGAGCGAGUCAACAGUCCUGAAGAAGUCAAAGACCUUAGCAAAACCUUGCUGAGGAAGCCAAGGUUGUGAGUAAGCUAUGGUGCCUUGUAAAGAAAGCCGAGAGAGAGUUGUCUGUAACUUUUCAAACAAUUGUGUUUGUUUCAGAGAGAGAGAAAGAGAAAUAUGGCACUUUCUUAAGGACAGUUAAGGAAGAUUAUUUUGACCCUCCAGAGACUACUGAGGAUGAGACAUGUUCAUGUUUUUGCAUUACUGGUUAAUCAGUAAUUUAAACACACAGAGACUUCAGUAAGUAACUUAUAAGACUUCUUUUUCCUCUCCAAAAAUGCAAGGCACAUAAUUCAGUAUGUACUGUAUCCAAAUCUUUGCAUACAUGUUGUGUUGGUGAUCAUGAAAGACUUGCACAAUUGCCAAGGCUUUUUUUUAAACGGUGGGAGUUGGAGAUUGAGGGGAAUAUUCCAUAAGGCAAACUUCAGAAGACUGGAUUUUUGUAUAAAGGUUUAAAUGUGAUAUGAAUAAAGAAAUUUUACAAUG